AUGGAUUUCCACCUGCUGAUGAUUGCACUCGUGCUUGCACCAGUCUUUACACCUGUCCACUGCCAGGUGGCCUGCAAUGCGAGGAGCGGCCCUGUCCGCCAGAAACGCAUCGUUCUCAGCAGCCCGGGAACAGGUGGGCUGGCCGAGUUGGACACUUGCCAGUACCGCGUGGCGCCAUGGAGCGGCCAGGUGUGUCAGGUGCGCGUUGAUUUCGAGCGUUUGGAGCUGCCGCAGCCGCAACUGAAUGCCAAUUCCGGAGUGCUGGAGUGCGUCGAUUUUCUGCAGAUACAGCAUUUCCGGCUGUGCGGUCGCAACAGUGGUCAGCACUUGUAUAUACCCAUUCGCCGGGGUCAGGAGCUGCAGCUUCUGUUCCGACUGGCCUCGUCCCUCGGCAGGCAGUCCACCUGGCAGUUGACUCUCACCCAACUGGAGUGCCCCAGGGACUCCGUCAGGGCUGUAAGGCCCAGGCCCGAGGUGCAAACACCCACUGUUCGACCGAUUAUGCCCUUUUUGGGCAGCUUCCUGCCACGGACCAUCUUCGGCGGACAAUCUGGAAUCGGCUCGGGUUCCGGUCCCGCUGCCCAGCUUAUCCAAACUCUCACAUCGCCUUCAAGUGCGGAUAUGGAGAUGCUGGCUCCUCUCGGCUGUGAUCAGUACUACAGGACCAUCACUGGCGGCAUAGUGAGCUUCAAUUUUGCGGGUGGCGUCUAUAUGCCCAACAUGAAGUACUCGAUUUGUGUCAAGGGAGCGGCAGACAACGAGAUAAGCUACAAGAUCACGCACUUUGAGCUCUCGAAGGCGAACUCCGAGCAGCCAGGACCUGCCUAUGACACCGAUUGCCGCAGUACAGUGCUGACUCCGUUGCGCGUAUCCGACUACGUGAGCAUCCCCGAUGCAUACAUGGUCGGCAGGCCAGAGCUGCAGGCCACUUACUACUGUGGCAAUGGAUUGGCUGGCCAGGAGCUCGUGGCCCGGCCGCCUUUUGUCCUGCGAUUCGCCAGUGAUUCGCAGUCCAGUGGAUCUGAAACGGGCUUCCAGCUGACCUACACGGUCCGGCGGUCACAGGAUUCCCUGGUGUCCACAGAUCUGUAAAUUGGCAUAAUUAAAGCCGGCAGUCUUAACUAAAUCAACGCACACAAGUCAACUGGAAUUGACAUUAUUAAAUGCAGCAGUGAUACUGGCACUGUGAACCAGGACAUUCCAUGGCCACGGAUUUGCCUUAAUUAAAUGCCCGGCUCCGGCAUUAAGUCACAUGUAUCUAUAUAUGCAAAUAAAUUAUGGAAAGCCCAGUGGCAUAAAUGA